AUGGCAGUCGCUCGACCUGUCCGGUAUCUGGGGGCACUGUCCGUCAUAUUGCUCUUCUUCAUCGUCUUUCAGUACUUGCGUCCACCGCCCAACCUGACUCCGCCGAAUGCCGGUCCCGUCGAAGGCAAUGGCGGCAAGAUCAGCAACAUGGAGCGUGAUCCGCUCCUAGAUCCUGUCGGUGAGCCAGAUGGGCUUCUCUGGCGACACACCGACCACGACUACUCUCCCGGCAGCACCAAGUCUGCGCGAAUCAAUGCUACUCUCCUUUCCCUUGUCCGAAACGAAGAACUCCACGACCUCCUUCCCACCAUGAAACAGCUUGAAGAGACGUGGAACCACAAAUUCAACUACCCCUGGACCUUCUUUAACGACGUCCCAUUCACCGAUGAGUUCAAGAAGAAGACCCAAGCCCUGACGAAAGCAAAAUGCUCCUAUCACACGAUCCCAAAAGAGCACUGGGAGAUGCCCUCGUGGAUCAGCAAGGAGCUGUAUGACGAGUCUGCCAAGAUCCUGAAAGAGAACGACGUGCAAUACGCCGGCAAAAUAUCCUACCACCAAAUGUGCAGGUGGAACAGCGGCAUGUUCUACCGGCACCCUGCACUUGAACAUACACAGUACUACUGGCGAGUCGAGCCGAAGGUCAAGUUCUUCUGUGAUGUUGACUACGAUGUCUUCCGUUACAUGCAAGACCACAACAAGACGUACGGGUUCAACAUCAACCUGUUCGACUCACCCCAAUCCAUUCCCUCCCUGUGGCCGGAAACCAUCAAGUUCUUGGCCUCGCAUCCUGAAUACCUGCACAAGAACAACGCCAUGCAAUGGUUGACCGACAACACACGACGACCAGACAACAAUGUGAAAGCACACGGAUACAGCACAUGUCACUUCUGGUCUAAUUUCGAGAUUGCAGACUUGUCCUUCUGGCGGGGACAGGUGUAUGAAGACUAUUUUACACAUCUGGACAGAUCGGGUGGAUUCUUCUACGAGAGAUGGGGAGACGCACCAGUGCACAGCAUUGCCCUGGGACUGUUCGAAGACUCGAGCAGGAUUCAUUGGUUCAAGGACAUCGGGUACAACCACAUCCCGUUCUACAACUGCCCUAAUUCUCCAAAGUGCCGAGGCUGUGAAGCUGGAAAGUUCUACGCCGGUGAAUCAUGGUUGCAACGAGAAGAUUGCCGACCGCUCUGGUUCAAGUAUGUUGGAACUGGGUAA